AGCGGCACCAUCUUCGUCUCGACCUGCCAAGAAGUUCCGUGGUAACGCAAACACCACUACGCCUAAAGGAGCAUGGAUUUCUUGGGAUAAGCUUUGCGCGAUUGCCAUGCAGCUAGGAUUUCCAAGUUUUCAAAAGUUAUGGCAAACGGUUAAAGCUAUCGAUAACUCACGGCAAGCCCGUAGUAUGGUUAUUCAGUACUGUAAGC